GCUAUCAGAUUAGUUUGACCAUAUUUCUAAUUUCACUCUAAGAUAUCCUAUCUGUGCCGAAGAACCCUCUCCUCUCCCUAGAAAACCUAAUCCCCAAAUCUGUCGUCUCCUCUCCUCUCCUCUCGCUCCAUCGCUUUGCCUUCCUCGGGGACGGCGUGGCUCCGGCAGGUGGUCAUCCUCGACUGCUCGGCCCAUCCCUGAAGUUGUAUGCCUUUGAUGUCGUCAUGGUUCGUCUGAGGUUGGAGUUCUGUCCCCAAGCGCAGCGCGGGUCUGCGGAUGGAGAUGGUGAGCCCUCGGUCUGGCAAAGAUUUCAAAUUCUGAAAGGCGAACGCUGGACUUUGAACGCCUGUGAAAGAAGCUGGGAAAGUGUCAAGUGGCAUAAAAUUUGCAAGUUCGUCCGCAUAACUGUUGAAAGGUUGCAGAUUUCAGGAAGAUUCUCAAGCGCAAGGACAGUGAUGCUGGUGAAAAGGAAGAGGAGGAUUUGGAGGGUGAGCUUCGAUGGAUUGGGGCGUAACAAGAAUUUUAAGAAAAUCACUAGCUGUGUCCAUAGCAAGCACAAAGAUCAGGUUAGGCACUACUACUAUUGGCUCGUGAGGCGGAUGAAUAAUGUUGGCCCAAAACUUUCUCUUGAUGCCAGAACUUUCUCGAGAGGGUGUAGGAGGCCGGCUUGGAUGAUAAUUGAACCAACCAGUUCACAGGACUUACGAGCUUAUGCUAAAUUUGCAACUAGGGAUAAGCUGGUGAGCGAAAGUGAGAGGUUGAGGUUGGGGAAAUUGGAAGAGGUGAGCAAGAACUUAGAGCCGAAGAGCAUAACUUAACAUUGCCUUUUGACAUAUUUUGAUUUUUAUUGUGUGAUGUAUUUGAGAGAAGCUCAACUUUUAUUUAUAUAUUUGUUUCUGUUUUUGUUCUUAUUAUUUUUUUUUAUGUGUGUGGUUGUUUUUUUUUUUU